UGCCAACAGGGGUCUCCCCUGCACUCUAGAGUAGAGCCUAAAUAUGAGACGGAACACACCAAGGGACCAGAGCAAUGUCAUUAUCACAGAUUACACCAACCCUUUUUCUGAGUGGGGCUGAUGCUCCCAUGAAUCAACCACUCGUCACCCGGAAAGGUAUUACGCUCAUUGUGAACGUGACCCUGUCCCACACCUGCCCGUUCUACCCGGGUGUGGAAUGUAUACGUGUCGCUGUGUCCGAUCUCCCGAAUGCCCGUCUGUGUGAUCAUUUUGACCAUGUGACAGCUCGAAUCCACAACAACAGGGCUGGAGGAACCCUAGUGCACUGUGCUGCGGGCAUGAGUCGCUCACCUGCUCUGAUUAUGGCCUACCUUAUGAAGUACAAAGGAGUGACCCUGCGGCAGGCGCAUAACUGGGUUAAAGAUAGUCGACCCUAUAUCCGCCUUAAUUCAGGCUUCUGGGCCCAGCUUCUAGAUUAUGAGAAGAAACUCUUUGGUAAGAAUACUGUGAAGGUGGCUGAGCCAUUGGAUCCACUUCCAUUGCCCAAAACACCAAGACUGGCUCCCAAGUAUAACAUGAGACAGUUUCCUCCGUCUCCAAGGCUUGGCCGGGUUAGACGAUACACCUCCAUUGUGCUUUAUUCGGCUAAAUGACCAUGGGAGGAAUUGUAACUGCAGUGGACGGGCCCUUUUCAACCAUAACUUGAAAAAACUAUGGAGAGAACCAAACCACAAACAUUUCAAAAGGUCCAACUGUCCUGUUUUUUCCCCAUUGUUCAGUUUUAACUAUUUUUUAUUUACCCCUGGUAUCUAAUGUAAUCCAUCUUUCAUGCGUGUUUACUCAUAAUUUUUUGGUUGUUGUUGUUGGCCUGGCUGGAAUUUGGAGAACAUUUUGAAACCUUAUAUGUUACAUUAUUUAACCAACAGAGGACACUGUUGAACCAUCUAACAAAUCUUGUACAAAACAAAGGGAAAGGAUUGAAUGUAUAUUGAAAAAUUAAUAAAUAUUAAUAUUUUUCAUAUGAAUAUGAAACAUUUUUUAUUGUAUUAUAAACCGGAUUUCGAUCAAUGUUAUAAGAACAGCAUGCUUGAGUUUCUAAUGUAUAUUGUACUGGGCAUGGAACAAGAGAAUUUCUUUUGUAUGGAACCACCUUAAAUAUUUGGUUGACAUUUGAUAGAUUUUCACAUCGAGUGGCUCGUUUUUAAUUAUUUGCCUUGUUUUAAAAAUGUAACUUGUGAAAAUAUUUCUGUAUCACAGAUUUGGCUGAGUGACACAACGUGAACAUUUCACUAAGUAAAUAAAAUCUCAGAUUAUCUCUC